CCUCAGUCGUGCCCUGGACUGUAGCGGAGGGAGCAGCUUGAGCGAGCACAGACAUGGAUGUCAAACUGCUGCCACUGUUACUUCUGUUGGCCGUGAUCAUACAUGGACCUACAAGUACCGCAAAACCCAUCAGUCUUGUGGAAAGAUGCUGGUGUCGUUCAACGCUAAACACGGUUCCUCAGCGCUCCAUCAAAGAGCUCAAGUUCCUCCACACGCCUAACUGUCCCUUUCAAGUCAUUGCCAAGCUGAAGAGCAACAGAGAAGUUUGCAUCAAUCCGGAAACCAAGUGGCUGCAGCAGUAUUUAAAGAACGCCAUUAACAAGGUGAAAAAGUCAAGAAGACGCAACAACAAAAAACACUAGUCUGAGGGAUGUCUUCCAUCAGGUCCAACACCCUCAGGUCCAUCUAACCUGUGUACCUCCUUCCCACUGCUAUGGAUGUAUGUAAACACGCUGUAUUUACCCGUCCACUUCUCUGGACUGCUUGCACAAGAAGCACUUCACCGCCAAUCCGUGCCACCCGUCACAGGCCUCUCUGGACACCCACUGAGUCCCCCCAUGACCCCCUCCACGGUAGCACCAAGUGCAAUUAAAGCCUGGUUUGGGACGAUGGACACAAGAUGAUGUCACUUGUGUUUGAGUGAGUGCUGGUUGAUCAGCUGAAAUGAUAUCAUUGAGGGAAAAUUCUGUUGAGUGAGGGUUUUAGGAUGAUUAUAACUAAUAUUGGCAUGCCAAUUCCAAAAUUGGAGUCGGGUUUUUUUUUCUAGCAAGUCAAGUAUUUUCCCCAGCGUUUAUGUACUUGGUUGCCAUACUGUUUGUGAAAACAUAAUUGCGUUAAAUAAACACUGCAGUCAAGGCUGUUUCUUUUAUAUCAUUUCAUGUCAAUAUCAGGUGGAAUGGAAAAGUAUCUGAACCUUUUGGAAUUUCUCACAUUUCAACAUAAAAUCACCAUCGAAUGUGAUCUGAUCUUUGUCAAAAUCACACAGAUGAAAAAACUGUCUGCUUUAACUAAAACCACCCAAACAUUUAUAGUUUAGUUAUAGUUUUUCAUAUUUUAAUAAUGAGGAUGGUAUUCCAACAAUGACAGAAGGCGGAAAAAUAAGUAAGUGAAGCAUCACAUUUAAUAUUUUGUGCCACCCUCCUUGGCAGCAAUAACUCCAACCAGAGGCUUCCUGUAGGUGCAGAUCAGUCUGGCACAUCGAUCAGGACUAAUGCUGGCCCAUUCUUCUCUACAAAAGUGCUGUAGUUCAGUCAGAUUCCUUGGAUGUCUGGCAUGAAAUGCUGUCUAUAGGUCAUGCCACAGCAUCUCAAUGGGGUUCAAGUCUGGACUUUGACUUGGCCACUCCAGAAUGUGUAUUUUGUUCUUUUGAAACCAUUCUUAACUUGGUUUACUUCUGGUCUGGAUCAUUGUCUUGUUGCAGCAUCCGUCCUCUUUUUAGCUUCAACUGUCUGACAGACGGCCUCUUGUUUCCAGCAAAACUUUUGAAUUCAUUCUUUCAUGAAUGUUUGCAAGUUGUCCAGGCCCUGAGGCAGCAAAACAGCCCCAAAUCAUGAUGCUCCCUCCACCGUGCUUCACGGUGGGGAUGAGGUGUUGAUGUAGGUGAGCUGUUCAAUUUUUCUUCCACACAUGACGUUGUGUGUUACUCCCAAACAAUUCCAACUUUGGUUUCAUCAGUCCACAAAACAUUUUGCCAAAACGUCCGUGGAGUGUCCAAGUGGCUUUUUCCGAACAUUAAACGAGCAACAAUGUUUUUGUUUUCAGACAGCAGUGACUUCCUCCGUGGAGUCCUCCCAUGAACACCUUUCUCGGCCAUAGUUUUACAUAUAGUUGAUGUGUGCACAGAGAUAUUGGACUGUGCCAGUUAUUUCUGGAGGUCUUUAGCAGACACUCUAGGGUGCUUUUUUACCUCUCUGAGUAUUCUGCGCUGAACUCUUGGCAUCUUAUUUGGUGGACAGCCACUCCUUGGGAGAGAAGCAACAGUGCCAAACUCUCUCCAUUUGUCGACAACUUCUUUGACUGUUGAUUGUUGAACAUCCAGACUUUUAGAGAUUGUUUUGUAUCCUUUCCCAGCUUUAUACAAAUCAACAAUCCUUGAUCACAGGUCUUCAGACUGCUCUUUUGACCGAGCCAUGAUGCACAUCAGACAAUGCUUCUCAUCAAGACAAUUGUUACCAGGUGUGUGUUUUAUAGUGGGCAGGGCAGCUUUAAACCACUCAUCAGUGAUUGGGCACACACCUGACUUAAUUUGUUUGGUAUAAAUUGGUUUCAAUUGCUCUUUAAGUCUCCUUAGGCAGAGGGUUCACUUACUUAUUGUUCCCCCUUCUGUCCUCAUUAAAAUAUGAACACGUAUAAAUGUUUGGGUGCUUUCAGUUUAUGCAGUUAUUUCAUCUGUGUGAUUUUGACAACGAUUGGAUUAAAUUUGAUGGUGAUUUAAUGAAGAAAUGUGAGAAAUUGCAAAAUCUUCAGAUACUUUUUCAUACCACUGUAAACAUACAAAACAGGCAUAUUUUUGUGAAGUACAGUAUCUUUCAUAUUUCAAAAACUUGACAUGACAGAGAAAAAAACUCAAAUUAGUUUUGGAGUCCGCACCCAAGUUAGUUAUAAACAGCUGAAACAACUAAAAAGUAAAAACCUCACUCAACAAAAAUUGUGUUCCCCAGUGUAAUGUGCGUAGAUAGUGUGUGAAUAUAAAUACACUUUCAGCUUCCUGCAUGAGUAAUGAAUGUGCCGACCACCUCAUGGAAGUGAAUGGUCAUGUUUAAGUGCCUAGAUGGCGAUAGAAUGACAGUGAAUAAGUGUCCUUUAAAAAUUCAGAUUCCUCAAAGGAAAUAUAAGUGGUAUGAUCUUCAUUAGCAAGUUCUAUUAUUACAGCAUUUGUUUUUCUUUUAUGCUUCAGGGUCUAGAAUGUCCAUUAAGGUGUUUCCUGCAUUAAAUAUGUGAAAAUGGCACUGUUAAACUAAUCAACAACCACUGACCAUAUGGUGCUUCAUAUUAUUUUUACAGUAAAGGCCAGAGCCAUUCUUAUUUGAGUGGUUUGUACUGUUAAUUCCUGCAAAACUAUAAUCAGCUCACGCCUAUAUUUUUAUGAGAGUUUACUGAUGGCGAUAUGUGGAAAUGACAACUGAACUUCAUGUUAAUGUCACCCAAUGCAGAGAAAAGUGAUGAAGAAAAGGUUUUGUUGUAUGUGUGUUAAUGCAGCUUUUACUGACUGAACAUAUCAGUACACAGUAGAGACCAAAUAUUUAUUCAGUGCAACAGGCAACAAGAUGUAACCUCAGCUAAGAGAUCAGAAUUCCAAGUCUGGUUCAAGUUUUGAUUGUUUUUAGAUGACGGCAGAAACCGAAUUAAGAAAUAAAUGCGAGUUGACUGCAGAUCAUCAAAAUAAGGGUUUGUGUGAAAGUAGUGUACUCAGAGGCGUCGCGUCCCAUUAGGCAAACCAGGCAAUUGCCUAGGGCCCCCAGCCAGCAGGGGCCCCCAGAGGGCCAACAGAUUUAGCACACGCAGUUUUACUGCACUGUCGCAGCAAUCAAUACCAUGGAAUCAUUUGGCAGAUUAUCUAAUAAUUCUGUUAUCAAUCCCAAUCAGCACUAACCAUGUCACGUAGAUUAUAGAUGUUUAAGAAAGUGCAAUCAGCUAUUAAUACCACAUGAUUGUUUAAAGAGUGACUCACCAAGUACUCUCUGGAAAGUCCUUGCCGAGUUGUUUGACGUUGAUUUUCACAGGCCACCUCAUUAUUCAUGUGACUACUUAAAGAAAUGGUGAUUUUUCCAAAAAAAAGCCUAUUAACCGGUCUAUCGUAUUCCUCGUCGAAUACUCUAUAAGAAAAAUAUAACAUAUGUGCAUCUAAAAUAAUCCUAAACGAUGUUAUUAUCAAUUAUAAUACUCCUUUUAGUAAGGUUCCUGGGUAUGCGUACGUUCCCAUAGCAACCAGUCCUGUUAUUGUCCUACGUCACAAGCACUGCGUAUUCUGGGAGCGAGAAUAGGCGUAAGGUACGCAUUUCGAGCAGAGCAAUCUGAGUGCGUCCAUGAACGAACGUAAGUACAUCCAUAUGAGUCAGUGUGUAAAGUGUUUAGUUUUCGCCACUUUUAUGGCCAAGAUGACCCCCCCCACCUUUGUGUUCAUUAUACUGUGCGAGUAUGUACAGUGCCCUCCAUAAUUAUUGGCACCCCUGAAAAAGAUGUUUUUUAGCUUGUAAUAUAUUUUUUUUAUU